CGCGCGUUUCGAGAGGGACGCGCUGUACAGUGUUUAUUAUUUAUAUGGUUGUUACAAAGCUACAGAAUAAUGACUGAUUCAGCGUAAAUUUCGAAAUACAGGCGAGAACAAUCUAAACAAAAGGAUGCGUAGGUCUGCAGCACCGAGUCAGCAACUACACGGCAAUGCCGCAAAGAAGCCACGGUUUGUACCUCCUGCCCCGGUGCAUACAGGUACAGUGCCAAUCGUGAACCGGGACCCAGUGACAGCAUCCGACACUAGACCGAGCACGAACUCAGGACGAGUCAAACAGCCAACAUCAGCACCCAAACCAGCACUUGGCAAUGUCUUAAACAAGGUGCAGAAAAGUUUGUCUGAUAGGACUGUAGAGACUUCCACUGUUACCAAAGUCCCAGCUGUGGGUAAAGCUUUAGCCAGGGUUCUGAGUGCUGUCACUCAGGAAGAGAAGAAAGAAAACUGCCUGGAGUCUUUAAGCUCCCCUUUGGAAUCAGGAGAAUUCCCAGAUUCGCCCUCACCACCGCAGCCAGAGAUACCUAUUGCAAGGAGCACCACCACACCAACCGCACGGUACUACAAUGUCAUGUGGUGCAAGGUAUCAUCUAGGAAGCACAAACGCUGGGAAGGUGAUGCUGUGCUCGUGGCCACAGGACGCAGUGUUGUCCUCAAAGACAUGGAGGGAAAAGAUAUCGGACGAGGCUCAGGUUACAAAGCAUCUGAGCUGGAGAGUUUGUGUGAGGGCCAGACUUUAACGAUAGGAGGGAAACAGAUCGAGGUCAUGGGGGUCAUCUCGGAUGAAGACUACGCUAAGGGCCGAUGUUUUCAAGACACGAUCGUGGAGGUGUCUCUCGAGACGGCUGCUAAAGCUCCAGUGAUUCAUCAAAGACCUCAGCUAGCCAAACCCUUCGCCAGACCAGCGCUGAAGGAUGCCACCAUGAGAGCGCCUGAACCUGAGGGGCCUGUCUAUAAACCCAGACAUGAUCCUAAUAGUCCAGGAGCCCUUGUGAUGCCUCGGCCUCCAGCCAACCAUCAGUGGCUUUGUAAUAAAAGUGGACUCCCAUUAGUGGACGUAGUUGUGGACCCACACCUGACAAAUCAUCUGCGACCACAUCAGAGAGAGGGUGUGGUCUUUCUGUAUGAAUGCCUCAUGGGAAUGAGGUUGGCUGGCCGCUGUGGAGCCAUUUUAGCGGAUGAGAUGGGUUUGGGGAAGACACUGCAGUGUGUGUGUGUAUUGUGGACUCUACUGAGACAGGGACCCUAUGGUGGGCGACCAGUACUGAAGAGAGCAUUGGUGGUUUGUCCUGGCAGUUUGGUGAAAAACUGGGCUGCUGAAUUCAACAAAUGGCUUGGCAGAGAGAGGAUCAGCGUUUACACCGUUGAUCAGGACCACCGUGCAGAGGACUUUAUAUCCUGUCCACGGUCUCCUGUGAUGGUGAUCAGUUAUGAGAUGCUACUGCGCUCUGUAGACAUUUUGAAGAAGCUGGAGUUCGAGGUGGUUAUCUGUGAUGAGGGUCAUCGGCUUAAAAACAGUAAUAUCAAGACAGCUGGUGCUCUGGCCUCUCUGGCCUGUGAACGCCGGAUAAUACUUACGGGCACUCCUGUUCAGAAUGAUCUGCAAGAGUUCUACUCCAUUAUUGAGUUUGUGAAUCCAGGCAUUUUGGGUACUUCAGCAGCAUACAGAAAGAUUUAUGAAGAACCGAUCCUCAAAUCCCGCCAGCCCAAUUGCAUUGAGGAAGAGAGGUCCAUAGGUGAAGAGCGGGCAGCAGAACUUGCUCGGCUGACCGGAGCAUUCACUCUUCGAAGGACUCAAGAGAUUAUCAACCAUUUCUUACCUGGGCGGAUGGAAUGGACAGUGUUCUGCCGACCCACAGAGCUGCAGGUGCAGCUGUAUAAUGAGCUGCUGUCUAGUCGACCUGUCAGGGCCUGUUUUGCUGCCGCCAGCACAUACGCUUCCACACACAGCCCUCACCUUGUCUGCAUUAACGCUCUGAAGAAGCUUUGCAACCACCCUGGUCUGCUUUACCACACAGUAAAGGAGAAGAAGACUGAUGAUUUAUAUGACAGCCUCUCUGUUGACCAUUUCCCUGAGGCAUAUGCUACUGGUAGUUUUUGCACUGGAGAUUCUGGGAAAUUGCUGGUGCUCACAGACCUUUUGGCUGCUAUAAAGCACGUCAACUGCACAGACAAGGUUGUUCUGGUGUCUAAUUAUACAAAGACUCUUGAUCUGCUACAAGACCACUGUGCUCACCUUGGUUACACCUGGUGUCGCCUUGAUGGACAGACACCUGUUGCCCAGAGACAGCGGAUUGUAGACUCCUUUAACCAUCCGAGUUCCUCCAAUUUCCUGUUUCUUCUCAGUUCAAAGGCUGGAGGAGUUGGGCUCAAUCUUGUUGGUGCCUCACAUCUGGUUUUGUAUGACAUAGACUGGAACCCAGCUAAUGACAUACAGGCAAUGGCCCGAGUCUGGAGGGAUGGGCAGAGGAAAACAGUUCACAUCUACAGAUUUCUAACAACAGGCACCAUAGAAGAGAAGAUUUACCAGAGACAGGUGAGUAAGCAGGGGCUUUCUGGAGCUGUGGUAGACCUUGGUAAAAAGGGUGAGCACAUCAACUUCUCGGUUGAGGAGCUGCGUGACCUUUUUACCUUUGACCCCAAUACCGACUGCCUCACUCAUGACCUGCUUGGCUGCAAGUGCUCAGGCGAUGGAACAAUGGCAGAUGUGGUUGAGGACGUAACGAUAGCCACAGGAAGGGCAUGUCAGUUGGGUCGCCGUCCCGAUGCUGCCAACAUCCCACAGAGAGUCAGCAUGUCGGAGCUUAUGCAGUGGAAGCAUUUUUCUGGGACCGUCUCGUCAUAUGGUGAUGUUUACUUGGACCAUGCACAGAGUCAUAUCACAUUUGCUUUUCAGAGCACUACUUCCAAAACCCGAGAUAUGGAAUAAAAAACUUGCAUGCAAAAAAACAUAAAAAAGUGGAUUUGAUAGAUGAAAUAAAUCAAAUGUAAUUAAUAUGUAAGUACUGUAUAUGUAAGGCUAACAAAAUGUAAUGUGCUUUUUUAAAAAAUAAAAGUGUGUAUUAAAAUGUAUUUGAAUGUUUUAAAAUAAUUUUAAUGCUACAAUGCCUCAUGUUCUGUUUUGCAUCCCUCUUUAA